CGCGGCUCCCGUAAGGGCCCGGGGCUGAUCCCGCCGGCCGCAAGAUGGCCGCCGCCGGGACGGGUGCCGCGGGGGCGCCUGGGAGUUGUAGUCCGCGCAGGCGCCCUGGGCCCCCUAGCCCGCGGCUCCGUCCCGUCGGACUCGGGCAUCAGACCGAACACCUGGAGGAAGAGAAAGUUAUGGCUUCCAGACUGGGCACAGCUUGGUUCCGUGAUCCAGUGACCUUUGAAGAUGUGACCCUGAGUUUUACUCUGGAGGAGUGGGAAAUGCUGGACCUUGAACACAAGUCUCUGUACAGGGAGGUGAUCCUGGAGAACUACAGGAACCUGGUCUCUGUAGAACACCAGCUUUCCAAGCCAGAUGUGGUGUCUCAGUUGGAGGAGGCCGAAGAGCUCUGGUCUGUGGAGAGAGGAACUGAAGACAAGUCUGCAGAGUGUCCUAAGGCUCCAUCAAAUACACAAGCAGGUCUUGAUGCUGAGAACCCACUGAUGAAGAUCCAGGUUGUUGAAGUCCUCACGCUGAACAAAGAAGUAGCUUGUUCCCGGAAUACCCAGAUCCAGGCCCUGUAUGCUGAAGACGAGAGUCUGAGCCCCAGCAUCCUCAAGGAGCCCACACAGCAGCUGAGUAACUCUCCACUUGACCCCAGCACUGCUCAACAGAAGUUCCGAGGGUUACGCUUUGAAGAUGCUGCAGGUCCCCAAGAGGCCCUGGCCCGGUUGAGUGAGCUGUGUCAUCAGUGGCUACAGCCUGAGUCCCACUCUAAGGAGCAAAUACUGGACAUACUGGUGCUGGAGCAGUUCCUAGUUAUGCUUCCCCAGAAGCUCCGGAUGUGGGUACAGUCACAACACCCAAGAGAUUGCCAUGAGGCAGUGGCCUUGGUGGAGGAUGCAGCCUGGAUUUCCAGUGAGGAAGCAGUGCUGCCUUCUGAUUCCCCCUGCUCUCUGGAGGUCACAGUGCAACAGCAGGAGAAGGAGGCAGAAAAGGAUACGGCCACCUGUGCAGAGAAGGCUCACCCUGAGGAGUCAGUGACAUUCCAGGAUGUUUCCGUCGACUUCAGCAGGGAGGAGUGGGGGCUGCUGGAUCCAACGCAAAGAACUAAGUAUCAUGAUGUGAUGCUGGAGACCCUCGGGAACCUAGUCUCUGUGGGUUGGGAGACUACACUGGAAAGCAAACAGUUAACUCCAGAGUCAAGCACUUCCAAGGAAGUACCUGGCCUGGGCACAGAAGUCUUAAGGGAGGAGUCCUCCAACUCAGGAAAUGGCCCACAGGCUGGGGCCCCAGAAGUCUCAGACACGGCACUGAAAGAGGUAGAGCUUACUCAGGAACAAUCCCCCCCUCGACCACAGCAACGUGAACGCCCCAGAUCCCAGGCAAACUCUGCCUCUGAGAGAAGCCAUGUUUCACGCCAGAAAGCACUUCAUAGGAAAAACUCACGUAAGCGUGUCUCACCUGUCAAAAUUGUGACACAGAGUCAAUAUGCCAAAAUUAACCAGAAUAGCAAAACUGGGCGGAAAGGUCGGGAAAGCAGUGGCUCAGGGGAAACCCGCCUGCAGCACUCUCAGCAGGUGACCUUCAUAAAGAUUCACAAAGGGAGCCAGGUUUGUCGCUGCAGUGUAUGUGGUAAAAUCUUCCAGAAUCCAAGGUAUUUUUCUGUUCAUAAGAAAAUCCACACAGGAGAGAAGCCCCAUGUGUGUCGGGGUUGUGGGAAAGCGUUUGUCCAAAGCUCUUCCCUCACACAACAUCUGAGAAUUCACACUGGUGAGCGGCCUUUUGAAUGUAAGGAAUGUGGAAAGACCUUUAAUGACCAUUCAGCCAUCUCUCAGCACCUGAGGACUCACACGGGGGCCAAGCCCUACUCAUGUCAGCAAUGUGGAAAAGCCUUCCGCCAGAGCUCCCAUCUCACCAGACAUCAGAGAACUCACACUGGAGAGCGCCCCUACAAGUGUGACACAUGUGGAAAGGCCUUCACCCAGAGUUCACACCUGAUCGGGCACCAGAAAACACACAACAAGGGCAAAUAUAAGAGUAAAUACUGCCUACCUCAUAGCACUCAAGCAAGAUAAAAAGAUUAUCAUCUUACCUAGCAAUUUCAUAUUAAUGACCUAAGUGGUGUUUAACUUGUGUUAAACUUGUUUUUUUCAUUAUAAAUAUUAAAAGCUAAAAAUGA